GCAGAAGCUGGCUUCCUCCUCAGCGAGAGACACCAACUUCUCAGCUCCCAGGUCGGAAGCAGGUUCCUUGCUAUUCACAAGAUGGAAGGGAGGAAGCCUCGGUGGGGCACUGUGGCACCUUCAAGAGAAGACCUCUCUAGAUGCAGUUUCAUGGAACUGUGUUGAAUAUAGUAGUUGUUACCUAUUGGAAAAAUGCCGGAGGGGAUCUCCUACUUCCCAACUAUGGAGUCGGGGAACUUCAGUGCUGCUAGAAAUCUUGCAUCCUGCUUCCGUGGAGUGAAUAUCAGCGAGGAGUACAAGGAGAACAUUGCAUCCCCUUGGUUCGCCACGACGUUUGGCCUGAUUGGCCUCUGCUCCAACCUCUUUGCCUUGUGUGCGCUGGUCAAUUCCUCCCGGAAGAUGCAGAGCCAGCCCGGUUCCUCCUUCCUGGUCUUCCUCUGUGGCUUGGUGGUGACGGACUUCAUGGGCCUUCUGCUCACUUUCGUCAUCGUGAUUCCCUACCACUUCUUCCGCUUUGACUGGCGGAAUGUAGAUCCUGGAUGCCACCUCUGCAACUUCAUGGGCUUUAUCAUGGUCUUUUUCGGGCAGUGCCCUCUCUUGUUAGGUGCUACCAUGGCUGGAGAGCGUUUUGUGGGUAUCAACCGACCCUUCUCCCGGUCCACUAGUAUUUCCAGACGCAGGGCCUGGACCUUGGUGUGUGUGGUGUGGGCCUUGGGUUCUUUUUUUGGCCUCUUGCCCUUUUUUGGCCUAGGGGACUAUAGCCUGCAGUACCCCAACUCCUGGUGUUUCCUCACUUUGGUCCAUGAUGCCAGGAAUGUUGUUUUCUGCCUCCUUUUUGCCCUAUUGGGCCUCUUCUGUGUGGGUCUUUCCUUCCUCUUCAACACAGUCAGCGUCGUGACCCUCUGCCGAGUCUAUCAUGACUCUGAGUCCGUGCAACGCCGGCGGGAUAGCGAGGUGGAGAUGAUGGUCCAGCUUGUGAUGAUCAUGGUUAUUGCAAGUGUCUGUUGGCUUCCCUUGCUGAUACUCAUUGUCCAGAAAGCUGUUCAAGCGCCCCCUCCUGGGCUGCCUUCCAAUCAGAUCCCCCAGGAGACAGAGAAGUUGCUGCUCAUCUAUGUCCGGGUGGCUACUUGGAACCAGAUUCUCGACCCCUGGGUCUACAUCCUCUUCCGCCGAGCAGUCCUGAGACGCAUCUACCCCAGCUUCAAGCCAAGGCCUUCUAUUGUCUCCCUGUACCCGAUGAUCAACCCGUCCCUCCGGCGGAAAUUUACUCAGGAAUCUGUGCUGCAGUAGCAAGACGCCGUGCUGGGCCGAGGCGAAAUCCAUAAGCUCAUAGGAUUCCCUCUUUAAUACGGCAAGGGAGCAUUGGAGUGCUAUGCUUUACUAUGUCUUCGCUGCUUGACAGUUUGCACUGGGGUAAAGGCACUGAGAGUGUCCUAUGACCCUUCUCUAAGCUACGUAUAAGUGCCCCGUUGGAUGUCUGCCUUUCAGCUCCAGAGACCCCUGCUGUGGUGCAACCCGUAGCACCGAAUGUAGCAUGAGCUGCUUCACAUUGGCACGCCAGAGGUCCUGUCCAAGAGUAGAAAGGACAUUUCCCCACAGUGGAAGGAAGGCAGGAAGGUAGUUUGGCAACCUGAUGCAGAGGAACAGAAGUAUGCUGGAAGCCAGUUUUUAAGCAUGACGUUGGUUAACCAGUGGGGAAGUGGAUCCCUAUUGAGACUGCAGAUAGGAAAGUAAAUGCAGCCUGGCCACGGCAAUUCAAAAUGCAUGGGGGCCAUAUACAUGAUUGUUGCAGUAAUAAAUCCUGU